CGGAAGGGGAGCAGAAGCCCCCGGUUCCCGAGCGCGCGCCGCGGGUGGCUCAGUCCCCACCGUCAGGCUCGCCCGGAGCCCACCCGCGCCCGCCGCCGCCCGGCCCGACCUUCCCCCCCGCGCGCCCCGCGCCCUGCCCGACCGAGUCAUGCUCCGGGUCUUCAUCCUCUACGCCGAGAACGUGCACACGUCGGACGCCGACAUCAGCGAUGCCUACUGCUCCGCCGUGUUCGCAGGGGUGAAGAAGAGAACCAAAGUCAUCAAGAACAGCGUGAACCCUGUGUGGAAUGAGGGCUUUGAGUGGGACCUCAAGGGCAUCCCCCUGGACCACAGCUCAGAGCUUCAUGUGGUGGUCAAGGACCAUGAGACGAUGGGGCGGAACAGGUUUCUGGGCGAAGCCAAGGUCCCCCUCAGGGAGGUCCUUGCCACCCCCAGUCUCUCUGCCAGCUUCAACGCGCCCCUGCUGGACACCAAGAAGCAACCCACAGGGGCCUCGCUGGUCCUGCAGGUGUCCUACACACCCCUCCCAGGAGCCGUGCCCCCAUUCCCCCCAUCAGCAUCUCUGGAACCUUCCCCGACGCUGCCUGACCUGGACAUGAUGGCCGGUGGGGGACCGAGCCGGGCCGAGACUUGGUCUCUGCUCAGUGACAGCACCGUGGACACGAGAUACUCUGGAAAGAAGUGGCCGGCCCCCACGGACACAGGAGAGGAGGACACCGAGGAUCCGGGGCUCACGGGAGAUGAGACGGAGCCUUUCCUGGAGCAGAGCGGAGCCCCAGGUCCGGGGGCGCCCGCCACCCCCAGGAAGCCACCUUCCCAUCCUCCUCCCUACCCGGGGAGCAGGAAGAAGAAGACCACACCUGCACCCAGAAGGGUGCUGUCAGACAAGCCACAGGACUUCCAGAUCAGGGUCCAGGUGAUCGAGGGGCGCCAGCUGCCAGGGGUGAACAUCAAGCCCGUGGUCAAGGUCACAGCAGCUGGGCAGACCAAGAGGACGCGCAUCCACAAGGGAAACAGCCCGCUCUUCAGCGAGACUCUUUUCUUCAACGUGUUUGACUCCCCAGCGGAGCUGUUUGACGAGCCCAUCUUCAUCACGGUGGUGGACUCCCGUUCCCUCAGGACGGAUGCCCUCAUCGGGGAGUUCCGGAUGGACGUGGGGACCAUCUACAGGGAGCCCCGACACGCCUACCUCCGCAAGUGGCUGCUGCUGUCCGACCCUGACGAUUUCUCUGCGGGUGCCAGAGGCUACCUGAAAGCCAGCCUGUGCGUGCUGGGGCCCGGAGAUGAAGCGCCUGUGGAGAGAAAAGACCCCUCCGAGGACAAGGAGGACAUCGAGGGCAACCUGCUGCGGCCCACGGGCGUGGCCCUCCGAGGGGCGCACUUCCGCCUGAAGAUCUUCCGCGCGGAGGACCUGCCCCAGAUGGACGAUGCUGUCAUGGACAAUGUGAAGCAGAUCUUUGGCUUUGACAGUAACAAGAAGAACCUGGUGGACCCCUUCUUGGAAGUGGGCUUUGCGGGGAAAAUGCUCUGCAGCAAGAUCCUGGAGAAGACGGCCAACCCGCAGUGGAACCAGAGCAUCACGCUGCCUGCCAUGUUCCCCUCCAUGUGUGAGAAGAUGCGGAUCCGAGUCAUAGACUGGGACCGCCUCACCCACAAUGACAUUGUGGCCACCACCUACCUGAGCAUGUCGAAAAUCUCCGCCCCUGGAGGAGAAAUCGAAGAGGAGCCUGCAGGUGCUGUCAAGUCUCCUCCAGCCACCAACCUGGACGACCAGCUGGGCUUCCUCCCCACCUUUGGGCCCUGCUAUGUCAACCUGUACGGCAGCCCCCGGGAGUUCACCGGCUUCCCGGACCCCUAUGCAGAGCUCAACACGGGCAAGGGGGAAGGCGUGGCUUACCGAGGCCGGCUCCUGCUCGCCCUGGACACCAAGCUCGUGGAGCACAGCGAGCAGAAGGUGGAGGAUCUCCCGGCCGACGACAUCCUCCGGGUGGAGAAGUACCUUCGGAGGCGCAAGUACUCGCUCUUUGCCGCCUUCUACUCGGCCACCAUGCUGCAGGACGUCGAUGCUGCCGUCCAGUUCGAGGUCAGCAUCGGCAACUAUGGGAACAAGUUCGACAACAGCUGCCUGCCGCUCGCCUCCACCACGCAGUACAGCAGGGCGGUCUUUGAUGGCUGUCACUACUACUACUUGCCGUGGGGCAACGUGAAGCCCGUGGUGGUGCUGUCCUCCUACUGGGAGGACAUCAGCCACAGGAUCGAGGCUCAGAACCAGCUGCUCAGCAUUGCCGACCGGCUGGAAGCCAGCCUGGAGCACAUUCACCUGGCGCUGAAGGCACAGGGCUCCUUGGAGGACCUGGACGCGCUGGUGGCGCGGCUGAUGGAUGAGCUCAUCGCAGACUGCAGCCAGCCCCUGCGUAACAUCCAGGAGGUUCCCGCGGCCACUCACCUGGACCAGUACCUGUACCGCCUGCGCACCCGGCACCUGCUCCAGAUCACCGAGGCCGCCCUGGCCCUGAAGCUGGGCCACGGCGAGCUGGGCCCCUUCCUGGAGCAGGCUGAGGACUGGCUCCUGCGUCUCCGUGCCCUGGCAGACGAGCCCCAGAACAGCCUGCCCGACAUCGUCAUCUGGAUGCUGCAGGGGGACAAGCGAGUGGCCUACCAGCGGGUGCCGGCACACCAGGUCCUCUUCUCCCGGCGGGGCGGCAGCUGCUGCGGCAAGAACUGCGGGAAGCUGCAGACCAUCUUCCUCAAGUACCCCAUGCAAGGGGCGCCCGGCGCACGGAUGCCAGUGCAGAUCCGGGUGAAGCUCUGGUUUGGGCUCUCCGUGGACGAGAAGGAGUUCAACCAGUUUGCCGAGGGCAAGCUGUCGGUCUUUGCGGAAACCUACGAGAAUCAGACCAAGCUGGCCCUGGUCGGGAACUGGGGCACCACCGGCCUCACCUACCCCAAGUUCUCGGACAUCACGGGCAAGAUCAAGCUCCCCAAGGAGAGCUUCCGCCCGUCGGCCGGCUGGACCUGGGCUGGAGACUGGUUCGUGUGUCCGGAGAAGACCCUGCUGCACGACCCGGACGCGGGCCACCUGAGCUUCGUGGAGGAGGUGUUUGAGAACCAGACCCGGCUCCCGGGCGGCCAGUGGAUCUACAUGAGUGAUAACUACACAGACGUGAAUGGGGAGAAGGUGCUCCCCAAGGAUGACAUCGAGUGUCCCCUGGGCUGGAAGUGGGAAGAUGAAGAAUGGUCCACGGACCUCAACCGGGCCGUCGAUGAGCACGGCUGGGAGUACAGCAUCGCCGUUCCCCCCGACCGGAAGCCGAGGCACUGGGUCCCCGCCGAGAAGAUGUACUACACACACCGGCGUCGGCGCUGGGUCCGUCUGCGCAGGAGGGACCUCAGCCAGAUGGAGGCGCUCAAGAGGCACAGGCAGGCAGAAGCGGAAGGCGAGGGCUGGGAGUACGCGUCCCUCUUCGGCUGGAAGUUCCACCUGGAGUACCGCAAGACUGAUGCGUUUCGCCGCCGUCGCUGGCGCCGCCGCAUGGAGCCGCUGGAGAAGACGGGACCGGCGGCCGUGUUCGCGCUUGAGGGGGCGCUGGGGGGCAUGGUGGAUGACAGGAGUGAAGAUUCCAUGUCCGUCUCCACCUUGAGCUUCGGUGUGAAUAGACCUACGAUUUCCUGCAUCUUUGACUAUGGAAACCGAUACCAUCUCCGCUGUUACAUGUACCAGGCCCGGGACCUGCCUGCCAUGGACAAGGACUCUUUCUCUGACCCCUACGCCAUCGUCUCCUUCCUGCACCAGAGCCAGAAGACGGUGGUGGUGAAGAACACGCUGAACCCCACCUGGGACCAGACCCUCAUCUUCUACGAGAUUGAGAUUUUUGGGGAGCCCGCCAGCGUGGCAGAGCAGCCGCCCAGCAUCGUGGUAGAGCUGUACGACCAUGACACUUACGGUGCCGACGAGUUUCUGGGACGCUGCAUCUGCCAGCCAAGUCUCGACAGGACGCCCCGGCUGGCCUGGUUCCCCCUCACGAGGGGCGGCCAGCCUGCGGGGGAGCUGCUGGCCUCUUUUGAGCUCAUCCAGAGGAAGAAGCCGGCCAUCCACCAUAUUCCUGGUUUUGAGGUGCAGGAUGCAUCAGGGAUCCUGGAAGAGCUGUGUGCACCUGCCUUCUUCCUCCGGGGCCUCCUCCCAACGCAGUCGGAGGACACAGACCUGCCCUACCCACCGCCCCAGAGGGACGCCAAUGUCUACAUGGUCCCUCAGAAUAUCAAGCCGGCUCUCCAGCGGAUGGCCAUUGAGAUCCUGGCAUGGGGCCUUCGGAACAUGAAGAGCUACCAGCUGGCCAGCGUCUCCUCCCCGAGCCUCGUGGUGGAGUGUGGGGGUCAGACGGUGCAGUCCUGUGUCAUCAAGAACCUCCGGAAGAACCCCAACUUUGACAUCUGCACCCUCUUCAUGGAAGUAAUGCUGCCCCGGGAGGAACUGUACUGCCCCCCCAUCGUGGUCAAGGUCAUUGACAACCGCCAGUUUGGCCGCCGGCCUGUGGUGGGCCAGUGCACCAUCCGCUGCCUGGAGAGCUUCCUGUGUGACCCCCACUCAGAGCAGAGCCCCUCCCCGCAGGGCGGCCCAGAUGACGUGAGCUUGCUCAGUCCUGGGGAAGAUGUGCUCAUCGACAUCGACGACAAGGAGCCCCUCAUCCCCCUCCAGCUUGCAGAUGGUCUGUCGGGCUCAGCCCCCACUAACACGGCAUCUCCUCCAUCCAGUCCUCAUGAGGAGGAGUUCAUCGAUUGGUGGAGUAAAUUUUAUGCCUCCAUAGGCGAGAGGGAAAAGUGUGGCUCCUACUUGGAGAAAGACUAUGACACACUAAAGGUCUAUGACACUCAACUGGAGAAUGUGGAGGCCUUUGAGGGCCUGUCGGAUUUUUGCAACACCUUCAAGCUCUACCGGGGCAAGACUCAGGAGGAGACAGAGGACCCAUCUGUCAUUGGGGAAUUUAAGGGUCACUUCAAAAUUUAUCCCCUCCCAGAAGAUCCGUCCAUCCCCAUGCCCCCCAGACAGUUCCACCAGCUGGCCGCCCAGGGGCCCCAGGAGUGCCUGGUCCGCAUCUAUAUCAUUCGAGCAUUUGGCCUGCAGCCCAAGGACCCCAACGGGAAGUGUGACCCUUACAUCAAGAUCUCCAUUGGGAAGAAGACAGUGAGUGACCAGGACAACUACAUCCCCUGCACGCUGGAGCCUGAGUUUGGGAAGAUGUUCGAGCUCACCUGCACGCUGCCUCUGGAGAAGGACCUGAAGAUCGCCCUCUACGACUAUGACCUCCUCUCCAAGGAUGAGAAGAUCGGGGAGACGCUCAUUGACCUGGAGAACAGGCUGCUGUCCAAGUUUGGGGCUCGCUGUGGACUCCCGCAGACCUACUGCAUCUCUGGACCCAACCAGUGGCGAGACCAGCUGCGGCCUUCACAGCUCCUGCACCUCCUGUGCCAGCAGCGGCGCCUCAAGGCCCCCCUGUACAAGCCCGACUGCGUGGUGUUUCAGGACAAGGAGUACACGAUCGGGGACGUUGAGGCGGGCAGGGCCCCCAACCCUCACCUGGGCCCAGUGGAGGAGCGCCUUGCCCUGCACGUGCUGCAGCUGCAGGGGCUGGUUCCUGAGCACGUGGAGUCGAGGCCCCUCUACAGCCCCCUGCAGCCGGACAUCGAGCAGGGGAAGCUCCAGAUGUGGAUUGAUCUGUUUCCAAAGGCCCUGGGACGGCCAGGACCCCCCUUCAACAUCACCCCAAGGAGAGCCAAAAGGUUUUUCCUGCGCUGCAUCAUCUGGAACACCAAGGAUGUGAUCCUGGAUGACCUGAGCAUCACGGGGGAGAAGAUGAGUGACAUCUAUGUGAAGGGUUGGAUGGUUGGAUUUGAAGAGCACAAGCAAAAGACGGAUGUGCAUUACCGGUCUCUGGGCGGGGAAGGCAACUUUAACUGGAGGUUCAUUUUCCCCUUCGACUACCUGCCAGCCGAGCAAGUGUGUACCGUCUCCAAGAAGGAUGCUUUCUGGAGGCUGGACAAGACAGAGAGCAAAAUCCCAGCGCGUGUGGUGUUUCAGAUCUGGGACAAUGACAAGUUUUCCUUCGACGACUUUCUGGGCUCCUUGCAGCUGGAUCUCAACCGCAUGCCCAAGCCAGCCAAGACAGCCGAAAAGUGCUCCUUGAACCAGCUGGAUGACAUUUUCCACCCAGAGUGGUUUGUGUCCCUCUUUGAACAGAAAACCGUGAAGGGCUGGUGGCCCUGUGUGGCCGACGAGGGGGAGAAGAAGAUCCUGGCGGGCAAGCUGGAGAUGACCUUGGAGAUAGUUGCUGAGAGUGAGCACGAAGAGCGGCCCGCUGGCCAGGGCCGGGAUGAACCCAACAUGAACCCCAAACUUGAAGACCCCAGGCGCCCUGACACCUCCUUCCUCUGGUUCACAUCACCGUACAAGACCAUGAAGUUCAUCCUAUGGCGGCGCUUCCGGUGUGCCAUCAUCCUCUUCAUCAUUCUCUUCAUCCUGUUGCUGUUCUUGGGCAUCUUCGUCUAUGCCUUCCCGAACUACGCAGCCAUGAAGCUGGUGAAACCCUUCAGCUGAGGCUUCGCUACUCCGGACCAGGUGCCGCCUCUGUCCGAACUUCUCCAGACCUCCAGGCCCGAGCGUCCUGCCGGAGGGAUGGAUGUGCUCCAAAAGUCACAUGAAUGAAACCGGGAUUCUCCCCUCCCCCCACACACACUUCACCAUUUCUCUCUUCCCCAGCCCGACCCUUUUGGGGUCAGCCAUA